AUGGCGAACCCUAAUCUGACAGCCGGGUACGUGUUUCAACCCACCGGCCUUGAGCUCAUCGACCACUACCUCGUCCCCAGGGCGGGGCUGGGCGGCGACAUCUUCCCCGGCUUCAUCAACAAGGGCGUGGACGUCUUGUCCUUGCCCCCGCGUGAGCUCCCCUUCCGGGAAAACCACAUAAGAGAUUAUGGCGAGGUAUGGGGUUUCUUCUUCGCGGCAAAGCUCGCCGGCGAGACGUGCCCGACGCCGGGCGCGGGCGGGUGCUGGGUGCAAUACGGCACGGAGAAGCCGUACUACGGCAGCGAGGGCGGCCGAGAGGCAGUGGCGUUCCGGCGCAGGUUUGCAUACCGCUACACGUGGAAGGGCGGGGCGGUAUGGUCGCCGACGCGCUGGCUGAUGAAGGAGUACCGGCUCAACAGGGACGCGGCCGCCUUCCGCCGCGCGCACCCGGACCCCGAGGCGCGGGACGUCGUCUUCGUGGUCCACAAGGUCUACCGGAAGCCGGUGCUCCCCCCGCCUACCGACAGCAGCUCCAGCGACAGCGAGGAGGAGGACUUCGAGCGCUCCAUGGUGUUGAAGAGGAAGCGGUCGUAG